AUGGGCAGUGGUGGUUCCUCAGGCAGGGAGGAGCGGCUGCCGUCAGUGGCUGAAGAACAGCUGAGUGGAGGGGAUCAGAUGCUAGAGCUCUCUGGGCGCCACCUGAGGAAGCUGCCGACACCAGUGUGCGCCCUGAGCACCCUGCAGAAGCUCUACGUCAGCGGCACGGGGAUAACGGAGCUGCCCGAAGAGAUUGGGGGCCUACAAGAGCUGCGCAUCCUGGCCCUGGACUUUAACAAGCUGGAGGAAGUGCCUGAAACCUUGUGCCGCCUUCCCCACUUGACUCGGCUUUAUCUGGGCAGCAACCGCCUCUUUGGCCUCCCUGCAGAAUUCUCUCAGCUCAAGACGCUCCGUUGCUUGUGGAUUGAGAGCAAUUAUUUGUACCACUUUCCCCAGGUUCUGCUCCAGAUGCCCGAACUGCAAUCCCUGCAAAUGGGAGACAACCGUCUCAAAACCUUACCGAAUGGCCUGCCGCGCAUGAAGGGCCUUCGAGGACUUUGGUUGUAUGGAAACCGUUUUGAGGAGUUUCCAAAACCGUUGCUUCGCAUGAGUCAGCUUCACAUUCUUGAUGUUGACCGUAACAAGCUUACUGAAUUCCCUGACUUGAGUCACCUGCAGAGGCUACGACUUUUCUCCUAUGACCACAAUCCCGUUGAAGCGCCACCCAGUGUGGCUGACACUGUCUUUGUAGUGGGUGAGGGAGCACAGGAAUUCAUGGAGUCUAGGGGGGAACGCCUCCAGGCUCUUCGACAGCAGAAAGCAGAUGAGCAGGAAGAGAAUGAAUCUGAAGUUCUACAACCCAAUAUGAAAAAUUAUUCCACUGUAUUGGAGGAGGAGGGCAGUUUUACUGCUCUGGAAUGCUCUCCUGAGGAGACAUGAAAUAU